CUAUAUUAUCAUAUUACAGUAAAUGAUCUACCGAUAGAUUAGUGCGUACGUGCGUUCGUUGUUCUGCUUUGCUGUUCUUAUGAUUCACCACAGAAAACCACAUUAGCAGAAGUGUGAGGUCCUAUCUUGGUCAGCGAGAUGCAGCUGCAGAGAAAACAACGCCCUGCAACGGCAAUGUGUCAGCGACGGCAAUGUGUCAAUCUUCGUCAAGUGGCUGACUCCACACUUCACACCCUCAAGAUCUGGCGCUAAGCGCGCCCCUGGUUCCUGCUCAUAUGGUCGCUUGAACACAUUUGAACUUACUGAACUCUGUUUGCUCCUUUCUAUUUCGCAAUAUCGCAAGUGCACCGUCUGCCGUUUUUGUUUCUUACCUAAGCAGAAACCCUUGCGCUUCCCCUUUCCCCUAACGGUUUCUGCUAUGUUUGUAGACAGGGUCUCCCCAAAUAAAAAGAGCAAGAGUGCAGGCAGACUUUAGUGUAGCUGGGCAUUGUAAGCUGUCUGUACUGCACUCCUUGCGCAAGUUACGACUCAAUAUUCUGCCUCACUUUUGGUUUGUCCGUUGGUGCAUUUCUCUUAACAUUUAUUCACACUGUCUGUAAAAACCUAACAGAAAUUGGGGGCUCGUCCGGGAUUUCUACAUGUCCUUGCGGCUCCGGCGGGACUUCUCGACGCAGGAAAAAAUCCUUGGCCAAGGUAAACAAAAGCCCUUUGACGGGACUGCCUCGAGCGGUUCGGCUGGACGCCGGGAGGACUGCCGAAAUCACCCGAGGAAAAGAACCAGCGGACUGAGGACCCCAAAGUGGUUCCAGGAGACUGGGUCUUAAUCAGGAGCAUCAAGAAGAAGAAUUGGCACUCGCCCAAGUGGGAAGGUCCCUUUUUAGUGCUUCUCACAACACCUAACGCUUUAAAAAUAGCCGAACGCAACACGUGGAUUCAUUUGUCUCACUGUAAAAAGGUGAUCUCCGCAGACCCAACCUAAGUACGGAAGGUGAGCAAAGUCUGGUAAUAGUGCCUGACUCUGGUGCCAAGAUCCAGGGUUGACGCGAAAGCCAGCGGAAGCAUUCCAAGACACCAACCCGAAGCUCAGGGAGUUGACUCUGAGGAGAUCUGAAACUAGGUGUUAAAAUGCCGUUGGAACAAUGUCUUGCGAAGGUGCGGGAUGGCUGCAAAUCUUGGGAAGCAUUCAUUUGGGUUUUUGUCAUCUGUGGUUUCAUUAUAGCUUGGGCAAUGUGCUAUAUGCGCAUCGGCCCUGUUUAUAUAAAACACGCGUCUCCAGACAGUCCACCUGAAGUUUCCACUGUUACUGAUGUACCUGAUGUUUUUUCUCUUGAAGAGUAUUACAAACAUUGUUUGGCGGAUGACGAUUCUGGGCACAGUCGCAAUGGUUCCUUUGGUUACCGACAUUGUCCAUGGAACAACGUUGCCUCGCGUAGACAUAGGCGUGACAUCUCGUCCAUUAGACGUAAGAUCUUGUCCCUUUCUAAAAUUUGCACGCCUGCUCUCGUUCAUGACGGUAUUCCCUGCGUGCCAUGGCGCUUAGCCGACACGUACCUAAAUUCAUUGGCGUUCACCGUGGCCCCAAACACGACUUCCACUAUCACCGUGCCCUUGAAGAGUUUGAGAGGCAUCCGAGGAGGCUAUCUCACUACGGGUGACAAAUGGCCUGGGCACUGGUGGUAUCUGACUGGCAACCCGGAAGUAUCAGAUUGGAGCGCCCUUAUCACCUCGCAGGUACCAGGUUUUUGGCCUCCUGGCUCCAGUGAAGAGGCUCAAUUCUUUGCUAAACGUAUGACUUUGAAAAACCAGGGCUCUAGCCUUCUUUUGACCGUUACACUCCCUGAUGACACGGUUCGGCCCCCUCACGCUACCCUGUUCAAUACUUCCUGUUGGGGUUUUCAGUUGUGGGCUUGGUCCUCUGGGAAGGAUCCCCAGUUUCCUAUUGUGAUUUGCGUUAACAAAACAAUGCGGGGCGCUGACAGUCCCGUGUUGAGCGACCAUACCAAAGCCUCUGGGGUAGUGGUUACGAGCGUGGCCCUCAUCAAUACAGACAGUCACUUUGUGGCCUCCACAGGUAUAAGCGGCCAAACUAACAAUUGGCUCCUCAUGGCCGAGCAAGCUGCAAAUAUGACUAACACCAGUUGCGUUGUUUGUAUGGGCCCGAGGCCCCUUUUGAAAAUCAUUCCCGCAAGUGUUGUCCCUGAGUGUGCGAUUUUUUUGAUGUUGACCCCUUCCAUUCCGUCUGCUCAUCCUUGUUCCAGUUGGGACAAAGUCUAUCCCGUUUCCUACUUGACGAAGUCCAAACCCCUUUUUUCUACUGAUGUUGCUAAAGGUAAUUUCACGUGCGUCAAGUUGCCCGGUACUGGCAUAAGCCUAGGCGUUUUGCCUGCUCCUAUGUGCACUUCCCUGUUCGAUGUCGCUACCUCUUUCUCACCAAUCGCUCGUAGUGAUAUUUGGUUUUGGUGCAACACUGACAAACUUUAUGAUAGUCUCCCUCUUAAUAGCUCUGGAACUUGCGCUUUGGUGACCCUUUUGCUUCCCGUUUUGUUAAUGCCCGCAACUCCUCGUGAGCUAGAUGUUUUUGUUGAUUCUUUUGUGCCCCAAUCUUGGUCGAGGGCUAAGCGGAGUGCCGAGUGGCAAGGCGUGGCGGAUCCGACCUAUAUAGAUGCCAUUGGAGUUCCCAGAGGUGUGCCGGAUGAGUAUAAGCUGGUGGACCAGAUAGCAGCUGGUUUCGAAUCCUCCAUAUGCUGGUGGUGUACUCUUAACAAAAAUGUUGACAGGAUCAAUUACAUCCACUACAACGUGCAGAGGCUUGGAAAUUGGACUGAGGCGGGUUUCAGGGCGGUCCACUCCCAGCUGGCCGCGACUUCCCUCAUGGCUUUCCAGAACCGGAUGGCCCUUGACAUGCUACUCGCAAAGGAGGGCGGUGUCUGCGCCAUGAUCGGUGAGCAAUGCUGCACUUUUAUCCCAAAUAACACUGCAGCUGGCGGAAGCCUGUCCCUGGCCCUUGAGGGCUUGAGGACCUUGAAUGGGAAGAUGAAGGACCACAGUGGUGUGACCACGGAGGUUUGGAACAGCUGGCUGAAUGUGUUCGGCAAGUACCGCUCCCUGGUUUCCUCGGUCCUCGUCUCCCUCGCCGUUUUUUCUGCUGUUUUGACCUUGUGUGGAUGUUGUUGCAUUCCGUGUCUCCGGUCCCUAAUUAAUAAAUUGAUUGCAACUGCUAUCUCUCCGGCGGCUGAGACUUUUCCGUUGCUCCCUGUGGACGACUUUGAGCUCCCUCAACCCUUGAAGUGUCACCCCAGCGUUGACUCCAUUUAUGAGACCCCCGCUGUGGACCUGUCCGACUUUUUUCCUGAGUCCGACGUUGUCUGAUUGGCUUCAAUCGCCUCCCGAGUGUAAAUUUGUUCUUAUGACGUGUGAUCCUGCGGCUGAAAAUCUUUUGAAGUAGCCUUUGGGUGAUUUGAGGGUCUCUGAGAACUUAUGAUAUACAGGGGGGAAUUGUUGGAAAAUUGUAUAUAUAUGUUAUCAUGCGUUCUCUUAUUGUUUCUAUAUUAUCAUAUUACAGUAAAUGAUCUACCGAUAGAUUAGUGCGUACGUGCGUUCGUUGUUCUGCUUUGCUGUUCUUAUGAUUCACCACAGAAAACCACAUUAGCAGAAGUGUGAGGUCCUAUCUUGGUCAGCGAGAUGCAGCUGCAGAGAAAACAACGCCCUGCAACGGCAAUGUGUCAGCGACGGCAAUGUGUCAAUCUUCGUCAAGUGGCUGACUCCACACUUCACACCCUCAAGAUCUGGCGCUAAGCGCGCCCCUGGUUCCUGCUCAUAUGGUCGCUUGAACACAUUUGAACUUACUGAACUCUGUUUGCUCCUUUCUAUUUCGCAAUAUCGCAAGUGCACCGUCUGCCGUUUUUGUUUCUUACCUAAGCAGAAACCCUUGCGCUUCCCCUUUCCCCUAACGGUUUCUGCUAUGUUUGUAGACAGGGUCUCCCCAAAUAAAAAGAGCAAGAGUGCAGGCAGACUUUAGUGUAGCUGGGCAUUGUAAGCUGUCUGUACUGCACUCCUUGCGCAAGUUACGACUCAA